CGGCCCUGAUCGCCGGUCUGGACGGAGCCUCGCAGUCCGACCGCACGUUUGAAGUCCUCUGCUCAAAUGUGUUGGGAGGUGGAGGGAGGAGUCUCGGCGGCUCGGUCCUACCCCUCCUCCUCCUCCUCUUCUUCAUCCUCCAGAAAACGAGGCUGCAGCUACAUGACUGUGGGACUCCUGUGUUUGGGUGCAGGGGAAGCGCAUACCACAGCAGAUCUGAAGGGAGAAACUCACGAGCCUUCCCAGCAUGAUGGGAAGAACCAGUUUGGUCUUCAGCCUCAUCGUAGCAGCAUUGCUCUCUGGCAUCGCUGCUCAGAGAACAGCUUGCAAGACUGGCGAUAUUGUCUUCCUACUUGAUCGGUCUAGCAGCAUCAACCGAAACGAACACAAUAUCAUGAAGAACUUUACGACAACAUUAGUCGACAGCUUUGAAGUCGGUGAAAAGUUGGUGCGUAUUGGACUUUGCCAGUUCAGUGACGACCCUAAGGAUGAGUUUUACCUCAACAAGUACUACAAUAAGGACGAUUUGAACACACAAAUCCUUAAAGUGGAUUACACAGGUGGAAACACCUACUUAGGGAGAGCCUUGGAUCACAUUAAGGAGUACUUUGCGGAGUCGCGGGGCAGCCGUUACCAGGUCCCCAAAAAUCUGGUGUUGAUCACAGAUGGUGAUUCUCAUGAUGACGUGGAGGACGCAGCUGACGUUCUCAGGGAUCUGAACAUUAAGGUAUUUGCCAUCGGUGUUGGAGACGUCCACGACCUGCAGCUCCUGCAGAUUGCUGGCACCCCAGAGAGGAUGUUCACUGUGCGGAACUAUGAUGUUUUGCACUCUAUCAAGCAAGGUGUAGUCGACGUCAUGUGUGGUGAUGAACAAAAGGAUGACCCAGACCCUCAACCACCCACACCGCCACCCACACCACCACCCCCACCGCCACCCCCAAAAGACUGCACCAUUGAUAUCGCCAUAGGAUUCGAUAUUUCUCGAAGGACCGGAGCUCCUGGUGAGUUGCUGGUCAGAAGCCACACCAAGCUCCAGAACUUCCUUCCACAGAUCCUCGAUUACGUUUCCUCAUUUAAAGACCUGUGCUGUGUCGGCCCCACACCCGUCAAGCCCAACAUCGCCUUCCAAGUGGUAGAUAGAGAUGGGCGUACCUUGUACGACACAAACUUUGAGGGCUACAGUGCGGACGUGGUGAAUAAAGUCAUGACCCUGCCGAUGUCAGAACCUUCCUAUUUCAACACUGCCAUGCUAAACUCCUUCAAGGAGAGGUUCAAGAUCAAGUCCAAAGCUCAUGUGAAGGUGCUGGUGAUCUUCUCAGAUGGACUCGAUGAAGACGUGAUGAAACUGGAGCAUGAAUCAGAGCUGCUGCGAAAGUCUGGAGUGAGCGCCCUGCUGACGGUGGCUCUGGAGGGGGUGCGUGACCCCGCCCAGCUGCAGAUGGUGGAGUUUGGCCGAGGAUUCGGCUACAAGCCUCCUCUCAGCAUCGGCAUGCAGAGCGUCGCCAGUGUCAUCUAUAAACAGAUCGACGCGAUAUCAGAUAAGGAGUGCUGCAACGUCAUGUGCAAGUGUUCGGGACAUGAAGGCAUCCCUGGCCUUCCGGGCUUCCCGGGGUCAAAGGGUUCGCCUGGACAGACGGGCCAGCCGGGCUUCCCGGGAGACGAGGGAGCUCCUGGUGAGCGAGGGCCGCCUGGACCCGUCGGACGGCAGGGCAUCGAAGGCUGUCCCGGAACCAGAGGACAAAAGGGCUACAGAGGAGUCUCGGGCAACAGGGGGGAGAACGGAGAAGAUGGACUGGACGGAAUCGAUGGAGAGCAGGGACUGACGGGAACAAAUGGAGCUAAAGGACCGAGAGGAGACCCAGGAAACCCAGGUAUCCCGGGUAUCAGAGGGGAGGCGGGGCCAAAAGGAGAGCGAGGACUCAGAGGAGAUCCGGGGGAACCGGGAUCUGAUAACACCGACAGAGGACCCAAAGGAGAGCGAGGCUACCCAGGUUUACCGGGUUCCCCUGGACGGGACGGGGAGCCAGGUGAUAAAGGAGACGCCGGAAACCCGGGUCCAGAUGGAAGAAGAGGCUCCGGGGGAGGAAAGGGUGAACCGGGACGGCCGGGAGAGCCAGGUCUUCCAGGCAGCCCAGGAGCCGCUGGUCCACAGGGACGCAGGGGAGGAAACGGAGAACCUGGACCGAAAGGAAUCUCUGGCUUCCCUGGACCUCAGGGUGGACCGGGACCAGCUGGAGACCCGGGACAACCUGGACGUCGCGGCGCUAACGGACCGAAGGGCCAACCAGGAGACCCGGGUGUUAAGGGGAGUACGGGACCAGUGGGACCGAUAGGACCGCCGGGUCAGGAUGGACAAGACGGUUAUGGAACUAAAGGAUCCAAAGGUGUUAAGGGAGAUCCUGGUUUCCCUGGUUACUCUGGUUUAGUGGGUAAGGACGGUGUGAAAGGAACCAAAGGAUACCCCGGACGUAAAGGGAACUAUGGCCGAGGGGGGAACUCAGGGCGGCCGGGAGAGCCAGGCGUGCCUGGAGAACCGGGAUAUGACGGACACAGGGGUGCCAAAGGUCCUCCUGGAACCCCAGCCAUGAGUGAGUGCCAGAUGAUCGGCUACAUCAAAGACAACUGUGCAUGUUGCCAAGGUGAAUCAAGGUGCCCGGCCUACCCCACCGAGCUGGUGUUCGGUCUGGACAUGUCGCAGGAUGUGACCCCGGCAGCCUUCGAGAGGCAGCGCUCCGCCCUCCUCUCCCUGCUGGACGACAUCACCAUCUCUGAGAGCAACUGUCCGUCUGGUGCUCGUGUUGCCGUGGUGGCUUACAACGCCUACACCAAGUACGUUAUCCGCUUCCAGGACUACCAGCGCAAGACUCAGCUGAUCGAAGCUGUGAAGAACAUCGCCCUGGAGAGGACGUCCAUCAGGCGCAAUCUGGGGUCCGCCAUGCGCUUUGUGGGUCAGAACGUCUUCAAACGUGUUCGUAAAGGACUGAUGAUGAGGAAGGUGGCAGUCUUCUUCUCCAGUGGGCCGUCAGAGGAUAAUUCAGACAUUGUCACCGCCAUUAUGGAGUACCGAGCCCUCAAAAUCGUCCCAGCGGUCAUCUCUCUGCGAGCCGCCCCGGAAGUUGAACGAGCGAUAAAGGUCGACGACACAGGAAACACUUUGUUCAUCGUGCUGGGGAGGGACACGGCUGCUGACCUGCAGAAGGUCAAGAACUGUGCGAUCUGUUACGACCCCUGUAGGCGUUCAGAGUUGUGCCCCUUGAUCCAGGACGUCCUGACACCUCAAGAAGUCAACGUGGACCUGGUUCUGGUGCUGGACGGCUCCAGGGAGAUGCAGGCCGAUGAGUACGCCGGCGGCCAGCAGCUGCUGGGCUCCGUGGUGGAACAUCUGGCCGUGAGCCCACAGCCCCGCAGGGCCGACGGCCAGGCCCGCGUGGCUGUAAUCCAGAGCGGUACCAAAGAUCCCAAGCUGGAGUUUGACUUGGGGACGUUCCAGAGCAGCACGCUGAUGCGGAGGCACCUGAUGGGGAACAUGACGCAGCGGGGCGGCUCCUCGGCGCUGGGGAAGACGCUGGACUUCACCCUGAAGGAGGUGCUGAUGAAGGCCGGCCAGCCGAGGAGGAGGAGGGCGGUGCUGGCCGUGGUGGGCACCAAGACGGCCUCCUGGGACCAAGCUAGGCUGGAUUGGAUCUCCUCUAGAGCCUACUGUGACGGGGUGGCGCUGUUUGUGGUGACGGUGGGCAAGCGCUACGAUCGGGAGCAGGUGGAGGAGCUGGCCGGUUGGCCCGUAGCGCAGCACCUGAUCCACCUGGACCGACUGAGGGCUGACGAGCAGAGCUACGCCCAGCACUUCUUCAGAGUCUUCCUCUCCGCCCUCAGCAAGGGAAUAAAUGCGUAUCCUCGUCCAUCAUUUAAAGAAGACUGCAACAAGCUGAAGGAACCAGACGAUGCACCGGCCUUGAAACAUGACGAUUCACUGAUCUUCGAUAGGGACAACGGUCAGGGGUCGGCAAUGCUGGCCGACGAGUUUGUGGAGGAGGUCGAGGAAAAGUUUUGGGUCCAGACAACACAGCUGGAUGUCAUCGCCAGUGUGACCCCAGGGGACGGCCAGAGUUUCCUCUCAGGAGAGAACCUCAGCGGUGCAGACACCCUGAUGAAGCCGGAGCCGACCAGCUACGUCUCUAAAGAUGUAGACACCCCUGACGAAGCCGGAGCCGACCAACCAGACACCUGUCUCCUGCGCCCGAAUGCCGGCGGCUGCCAGAACUACACCAUAAGCUGGUUCUUUGACAGCGAUCAGGGGCGAUGCUCUCGCUUCUGGUACGGCGGCUGCGGCGGCAACGGAAACCGUUUCAACACCCUGACUGAGUGCCAGAGCCUCUGUGUGACGAAGAGUCAAUUAGUAGGAAGAAGAGGAGGAAGAGGAAGAAGAGGAGGCGCCGGUGUGAGACAACAUCGCCCGGACCGAAUGAAGAAAUCGGUUGCGUUGCACUGAACACGAAGCGGGAUAAAAUACAUGCAAGCUGAGUCUGCUCUGGGAUGUUUAAAUCGAAACACAUCAGGGAAAGUUUAAACUGUUCCAAAGCGUUUCCAAAGCCUGUUCACUCCCUAUUUAGCUCCAUUGUACCGAAUUUGGUUGCAGUUCCACCAGAGUUCCACUGGGGGUGAUC